GGAGCGCGCAGCGAUCGCCUGUGCGCUGUGUCCCUCGGACACAGCAGAUCACGGAAAGAGCCAAAGAUGUCGGCUCAGUCAUGUGAUCAGCUGUGUCCAAUCACAGCUGAUCACAUGGCACUGAUGAUCAGUGUGUCCUGACGAUCAGUGUGGCCCCAGAAGUGCCACCUGUCAGUGUCCAUCAGUGCCAGCAGUCAGUGCUCAUCAGUGCCACCUGCCAGUGCCCAUCAGUGCCAAAUCAAUGCCACAUAUCAGUGCAUACCAGUGCACAUUAAUGCCACAUAUCAGUGCCCAUCUGAGCUGCCUUUCAAUGCCACCCAUCAAUGCCAGUCAGUGCCACCUAUCAAUGCCAAUCAGUGCCACCUAUCAGUGUUGCCAAUCAGUGCCACCUAUCAGUGUCGCCUAUCAGUGCCAGUCAGUGCCGCCUAACAGUGCCAGUCAGUGCUGCCUAACAGUGCCCAUCAGU